UUGUUUUUCUUUCUCCCAAUUUACACAGUCCCACAGUAAAAGCUGACAUUCCUUUCAAGUUUCAGUUACCAAAUAAUUGCAUCCUCUGAACUGAAUUGAAGUAUCAAUCUUUCAAUUCUAUCAAUUACAAAGUAGAAAAAGAUAGUUAACUGCAUUUUUUGACAGCUGGCUAUGAAAGUCCGUCCAGCGAAGCCUCACUUUUUCAAGCCUAUUCAACCAGGCUUCAAGCGCGCUCUGAAAAUUCCUAAAGGUUUUCUGAAGUAUCUAAAGGGUCAUGAGCAUGAACAUGCAGUACUGAAAAGGGGUAGUAAGAAGUGGCUGGUGAAGCUGAAUGGCCAGCGACUGGAAGAGGGUUGGGAAAAGUUUGCAGAAGAGCAUGAUUUACGGUUAGGAGAUUUAUUGAUUUUCAGACAUGAAGGAGAGAUGGAGUUUGAGGUUACCAUCUUUGAUUCAAGUCACUGUGACAGAGAGUAUGCGGAGUAUCUGCAAGACGAAGAAGAAGCACAUAUUGUUAAAGAUCCUUCCAAGAAAUUUGAAAUCAAAGAAGCUGCUCCUCAAAACCCUAUUGGUCAAUCUCAUGUUGUAUGCACAGUUAGAUCCUAUUGCUUUUCGAAAGGUUACUUUCGCCUUCCUGUAAAAUUUACAAAGGCAAACGGCUUCAGAAACAAGAAAUAUGGUUUGAUUAUUAGAGAUGAAAGACAAAGGUCAUGGAAUUUAAAGCUAUAUACCUCCUAUUCUCAAGUCUAUAUUGGAGGUAAGUGGGGUGAAUUCCGUGAUGCAAAUGACAUAAAGGUUGGAGAUCGUAUAAUGUUUAAGGUUGUUGCUAAUGGAGAAAGACCAAUAUGGAAAUUCCAUAAUCUGAGAAAAAAUGCAUCACUUCAGCCCGAGGGAAAGAAUAAUUCGGAUAUUGAAAGAGUUUCCACUCCAGAAAAACCAAAGUCCAACAUCAUAUCAUCAUGCAAGGCUGUUCCCAAUGUAGAAGCUGCUAAGGACUUGCAUCUUGGUCAUCCUCAUUUCAUUUGUACCAUGAAACCCUAUAACCUUUCAAAGUGCUUUCUGCGUGUUCCUAGCCCAUUCGCACGACAACAUGGUCUCAGAGACAGGAAAUGUACGAUAAUGAUAAGAGAUGAGCAAAGGUCAUGGACAUUUACGCUAUAUUCAUGUGGCAAAGUCACCUACAUUGGAGGUGGAUGGCAUGACUUCUGCAUUGCAAAUUGCUUAAAGGAAGGAGAUCGAGUAAUGUUUGGGAUAGUUGCCAAUGGAGAGAAGCCUAUAUUGAAGUUUCACGAUCUGAGAGAAAAUGCAUCAUUCCAGCCCGAAGGAAAGAAGACUAAUUCGGAUACUGAAAGAGUUUCCACUCAAGAAAAACCAAAGUCCAACAUCAUAUCAUCACGCAAGGCUGUUCCCAAUGUAGAAGCUGCUAAGGAUGUGCAUCUUAGUCAACCUCAUUUCAUUAGUACCAUGAAACCCUAUUACCUUUCAAAGCGUUUUCUGCAUGUUCCUAGCCCAUUCGCGCGACAACAUGGUCUUGGAGAUGGGAGAUGUACGAUAAUGAUAAGCGACGAGCAAAGGUCAUGGACAUUUAAUCUAUAUUCAUGUGGCAGAUUCACCUACAUUGGAGGUGGAUGGCGUGAGUUCUGCGUUGCUAAUUAUUUAAAAGAAGGAGAUCGAGUAAUGUUUGAGAUAGUAGCCAAUGGAGAGAAGCCUAUAUUGAAGUUUCACGAUCUGAGAGGAAAUGCAUCACUUCAGCCCGAAGGAAAGAAGAUCAAUUUGGAUGCUAAAAAUGUUUCCACUCAAGGAAUAACAGACCUUACGAUUCAGACCUCAAAUGUGACUGCUCGAAAAGCACAAGUACCUGCUUCAACAUCUGUUGACAAUGCUAAUACUAAAACGACAUUGGUCUAUACAAUGUGAUAAACUUGAGCUGUAUCUUCCAUUGGCUUUUGUAAAAUCAAAUGGCUUGAUGAAUAGAUGUUGUGAGAUGAUUCUCAAAGUUCAACUAGGGCGAAUGGCAGAUCACGUUGGGGUUAACAGGGGAUGGCAACAGUUCAGAGAAGCAAUUGAUGUCCAAGUAGGAGAUACUUAUAAGUUUGAACUCAUCAACAAAGAAAGAGUACCCGUAGCGUAUUUCCAUUGUAAAAUAUCUUGAUUUGUUUAAAAACUGGAUGCAGGUAAGUAUUACUUAUUUUCAUGAUCUUCCAUACAUGCUUUUGUUUUUCUUCUUUCCCGUCAGGCUAUUACAAUGGAGAGAACGGAAUCAUGAACAAGUUUUCUAUGUUAGUGAUUUGAAAAUAUUAUGCCACGCUUUGAAAGAAUUAAUCCCCGUAAAUUGUAUUUUCUGUUGAAAUAGUAUUUUGGCUUAUUUCAAUGAUCCUCGCUACAGAAGAUUAUUUUUUGUGUUAAAAGGAUCUCGAAAGGUUUUAAAUAAUAUGGAUGUAGGUUUUUUAGCUUUUAGCCAAGGGUGUAACGGAAACAACCUCUCUACCUGCACAAGGCUAGGGGUAAGUUUGCAUACUCACUACCUCCCCGAUUCCACUUGUGGGAUUACAUUGGGUACGUUGUUGUUGUUGGAUAUAUUGCUUUAAAAAUCAAAUUAUUUGCACUAUAUGGCCUUUUUUGAGGCCACUCUUUAAAUACUACCCGUUAGUCUAGUGGCGUCAAAAAGGCAAUUUGUGCAGAUGCCGACUAAAUCCACCCUCACCCCGCCCCCAAAGAAAAUCUAGCUUAGGGUAUUAGACUUUUAUUAUUAUUUUGUGGUGUCUACAAAAUUUUGUUUCAUUGCGAAGAGAGUAUGUUAUGUUAAAAGAGAAUUUUCAGGUAAAUAUUCUGGGAAGGAUGCCAAGCAAAGCCCUUGACAAGUUAGUGAAGCAGUUGGUGAUGGGCAAGGAAAGGAAAACUGAAGAAUAUGAUGUUCUUGGAUUUACUACAUGUUGCCUAAUUUCAACAGAAGAUAUACCUUUGGUUUUUUUGUUCUUCAAAAGCCAAACCUUUUUUUUAUAUGCUGUAUUAUAUUUGCUUCAGUUGCCUCAUUUGAUUUGACAUGUACAUGUUUCUUCAAAAUUGUAGUUGUAUUCAAUGAUCGUGUAGUUGUCUUGUAAUUUAACCGAUUUUAAUAUGUUACUUGCAUACUUUUUUGGGGUA